AUGGACGAAAUCACGCCCGCCGACUCGGUUACGCGCCGCCAUGUGGACGCUGGCAAGCAGGCGACGGAGCUUGUGGCGGAGCUCGACGCCGAAGGGCCGCUGCCGGCAAACAACUUCGCCUUCACGCCGUCCCAGUUGCACAAGCUCUUGAAGCAGAGGAGUCUUGCGGCUCUCGACAUCUUUGGAGGGCUCCGUGGCCUUGUGCUGGGCCUUCGUACCGAUAUCGCUGCGGGCCUGAGUGUCGAUGAGGCCAAUCUCGAUGGCACGAUUACCUUUAACGAGGCCGUUACGGCUGCUCGCCAGGACCGCGUGCCUGUCCUCUCCCCCGUCGAGGUGCCUCUUGCUCGUCCAAACUUGACGUUCCAGAUAGGCGGACCGGAUCAUCAGUUCAUCGACCGGAGACGCAUCUUCGGCGCUAACCGGCUGCCCCGCCGCCGACAAAAGUCUUUCUUCAAGCUCAUGUGGAUUGCCUUCAACGACAAACUCAUGAUUCUGCUUACAAUCUCCGCCUCUAUAUCUCUAGGAAUCGGACUCUACCAGUCCCUCACGGCUGACGAGGACACAUCCAAUAUCGAAUGGGUUGACGGAGUAACGGUCGUGGCUGCUAUCAUCGUCAUCGUCCUGGCCAGCGCCGCUACCGAUUGGCAAAAGAAUCACCGCUUCGAGAAGCUUAACGAGCGACAGCAGCAACGUGAUGUGACGGUCCUUCGAUCCGGCAGGAUACAGCAAAUCUCGAUAUACGAUGUCAUGGUGGGAGAUGUCCUGCACAUCGAGGCCGGCGAAGUUGUAGCUGCCGACGGCGUGCUGAUCCAGGGCUCCAGCUUAUACAUCGAUGAGUCGUCCAUCACGGGAGAGACUCAGCUGGUCCGCAAAAUGGCCCCGGCAGAUUGCAACCGUUCUCGAACCUCCUCGGCUGAUCCCUUCAUCUUUAGUGGCACUACUGUUUGUCGUGGUGUCGGCCGCUUUCUCGUUCUUUCUAUAGGCGAAAACUCGGCCUACGGGAGGACCCUCAUGUCUUUGCGGGAGGACAUCGAGGAGACGCCUCUUCAGGCCAAGCUUGGAAGGUUGGGCAAGCAGCUCAUCAUGUUUGGUGCCACCGCAGGUGCCAUUUACUUUUUGAUCCUCUUCAUCCGAUAUCUGGUCCGAUUGCCGCAGCACAGACACGCUCGCCCAACCCAGAAGGCCGAAGCCUUUCUUCGUAUCCUUAUGCUUGCCGUUACCAUUGUCGUAAUCACCGUCCCCGAAGGCCUGGCGUUGAACGUCACCAUCGCUCUUGCGUUUGCAACUACGAGGAUGCUCAAGGACCACAAUCUCGUUCGUCUUAUUCGGUCCUGUGAGAUUAUGGGCAAUGCCACGUCCAUCUGCUCCGACAAGACGGGGACCCUGACGCAAAACAAAAUGGCCGUUGUUGCUGGCCGCGUUGGGCUCGAAAGCGGUUUUGAGGACUGUGAAAUGCCCGUCACAAGCCCGAGCUCAAGUCCUGCCUCGUCGGUGUUGAAGCUGCCCUCGGCCAGACGGUUCAUGUCGACUGUCUCUCCACAAGUGCAGAGCUUGAUCAAGGACAGCAUAUCCCUCAACUCCACCGCGUUUGAGAGAGACGACUCCGCAAGCGCCGACUUUGUGGGAUCUAGUACUGAGACAGCCCUGCUCAAAUUCGGCCGAGACCACCUAGGCAUGGGUAAACUUAGAGAAGAACGCGCCAACAGCCCCAUCGUCGCCAUGCUCCCAUUUGAUUCAGCGCGAAAAUGGAUGGCUGUUUUGAUAAAGCUUCCCAACGGCAAAUAUCGACUCCUGGUAAAAGGGGCUGCUGAAAUUGUGUUCGAGUAUUGUGCUUUCAUAGUAGCAGACCCAACCUUUCAAUUCACCACCGCUCGGCUCGAGGAAUCGGACAGGGAGAGCUUCCGCAAAACGAUCAAUGACUAUGCUGUCAAUCUUCUUCGCCCGGUUGCUAUAAGCUUCCGAGACUUUGAUGAGCACGAAGUAUUUGAACACCCAGAUGAUGACCCUGCCUCUGUUAAUUUGGAAUGGCUGGCAUCGGGCAUGGUAUUCAUCGGCUUCUUUGGGAUCCGCGAUCCACUACGACCAGAAGUGGUUGAUUCCGUACGCAAGUGUCAAGAUGCCGGCGUCUUUGUGCGCAUGGUUACUGGCGACAAUUUUCUUACGGCCAAGGCUGUUGCCGCGGAAUGUGGCAUAUACACUCCUGGCGGCGUUGCCAUGGACGGGCAAACAUUCAGAAAGCUGACGCCGUCACAACGUGAUGCCAUCAUCCCUCGCUUGCAGGUUUUGGCAAGAUCCAGUCCUGAAGACAAACUGUUACUCGUCACACGCUUGAGAGAGAUGAAGGAGACGGUGGCUGUCACUGGUGAUGGAACAAACGAUGCGCUUGCUCUGAAGGCCGCAGAUGUUGGCUUUGCCAUGGGAAUGCAGGGCACUGAAGUUGCUAAAGAAGCUGCUUCCAUCAUUUUGCUUGACGACAACUUUGCAUCCAUUGUAAAGGCCCUGAGUUGGGGCCGCACAGUGAAUGAUGCCGUCAAGAAAUUCAUCCAGUUCCAAUUUACCAUCAACGUUACGGCAGGCAUCACAACAAUCAUCUCUGAACUUGUGGGUGAUUCCAUUUUCACCGUCGUGCAAUUGCUUUGGAUCAACCUUAUCAUGGACAUUUUCGCAUCUCUUGCAUUUGCUACCGAUCAUCCUUCGCCAGAUUUCUUGAUGCGGAAACCCGAGCCUCGAAAUGCAGCCAUUGUGACCAUUACCAUGUGGAAGAUGAUUGUCGGACAGUCCAUUUACCAGCUUUUGGUCGUCUUUUUGGUACAUUAUGUCGGCUGGGAUAUAUUCAAUCCUGGAACUAAGCACGAAAUUGACAAGUUGCAAACGCUAGUGUUCAACAUUUACGUCUGGAUGCAGUUUUUCAACCAGCACAACUGUCGAAGAGUGGAUAAUAAGCUCGAUAUUUGGUACCAGGGAAUUCUAAAGAAUCCUUGGUUUAUUGGCGUACAGCUUUUGACGAUUCUUGGUCAGUUCCUCAUCAUCUUCAAAGGAGGCGAAGCUUUCGACACGAAGCCGUUGACGGGAGCUCAGUGGGGAUGGAGUCUCCUGUUUGGCAGCUUGACCAUCCCGCUCGGUGCCCUGAUCCGCCAAGUACCUGAUGAAUUGGUGGCAGAUGUUUUUCUCGGCUUGAAGAAGCUCUUCCUUUUCAUCACGACCCCCUUUCGAAGUGGCUGGGCCAGGAUUUCGCGGAAAAAGAAGACCCAGCUGGGAGAUGACUCCCAUCAAGAGCUUGGAGUUAUUGAGAACUCGACUGUUCCCGCCAGUUCACCAGCUGCAAACUCCUCAUUUGGCGGGUCUGAUCAAAUCACUGCAGAUGUUAAGACACGCCCUGUGAACAACAACAAUAGCAUAGCUGAAAGCUCCGCAAUGGGUUCCAUGGGCUCCAUAUCUGAAAAGAUCGAGCUCGACCUGCAAGCGUUGAUCAAUGCCGCCAAGAUAGGCCAGCUCGCCGACAAGGAGAUGUUCGAGAUCCAUCCCCGCACGCUGAAAAACGAUCCGAUCACAGUACCGCGCUCAAACUCGGAAAUACCGCCUAGCCAGGACCCCCAGCCAACCGGCUCGCAGGCCCACGGUCCCAUCUCGGGUUACUUGGGUCGAGCCGAGGCGACCAGACCCUGCCCGAACAAGGCAACGGCAAAAUCGACGGGAUUGGUUUUCCAUCGAGGGAUGGCUGAGGUCAAGGAGGCGAUAGAGUAG